AUGAGACUAUGGAUUCAACCAGAAAGCUGCCAUUCCUGUUGGAAUGACUGCCGCAACGCCCUCAGGCGUGCGAAUCUCCAACAUGUCACCUUGCUCAGCGCGACCAUGGUCAACGUCCAACAUGGACCAUAUAAAGGAGGGAAAAACAAGCAGAGGAUCAAGGAGUCAGCGGAAUUCUACGCAAUGACCGCGACCAACGAAGACUUCCAGAACCUUUUAGACUUGAUGUUGGCCGACCGCUGCCUUGAGGACACGGACGAGGGCGAUGAGACAUUGCCCCACGACAAGUCAGACAUUCCAAGUCUGAAUUGUGUGACAACCUUGCCUCCAUAUGUCAAGACAAAAUCAUGGUUCGCAUCGCUGGCGUGCCUGAAGUUGCUCUGCGACAACUGGAGCUUGAUGAGCACCCUCUUUGACAUAGCUAUCGCCAGUGAGGCUAACCUGGAUGGCCCCUGGAUGUUUGAUGGAGAGCCAGACCUAUCCGAGGGGGAAGAGGAGGGCAACAUGGGCGAGGAUGAAUCCGCCAAGCGACCAGCAAGUGAUGAAGCCACCAGGCAGCCUCAAUCAGACAGGCCGUUUGAUAAGACUACAUUGCAGCAGCUGCGUGAGCGCUUUGACAAUACCUUGUGCCUGGUUGCUCACUUAUACCACGACUUGGCAUUGAGGGAUGACUGCCGUAUGUGCUACAUUGCCACAAAACCGUACAUGGAUGAAUACAACUUCAGUCUCGAAUGCCAAAAAUCUCAGCAGGAAGCUUCAUUGAAGUGGCAAGCGCGUCGAUGUGGUGGCCAAUGGUUCCAAACAAUCCUGAGUAGCAUUGGGACUCUACAUGACAAUUCAGCGCUGGGUCAGUUUCUCUCUGUGGGGAUUGGGCCACUGGAAGAAGAGGAGCGGCUCGUGGAUUGGUUUCAAGAUGAAUGUACACGUCUUGACCAGUAUGUCAAUUUGCUGGUUGAACUUGCAUCUGGGAGGGCUUGGUCACAGUCGUUCUUUGUGAACUGUUCACCCAACAACUUUGUUGGGGUACUACAUGAGGAUCGAGCCAUUGCAAAACAGCUCUUGGCCUUCCAGAAGAAAGUGUGGGACGCUGUGCUGCAUGCCGAGCAGCUCGUGCUGACACAUAAAGCCAGUGCCGUGGUCAAAGCUCAGGUCAAAGCACGCCUGGACGACAUUUGCUGGAAUCAGCUACAGCUAUCCAGAGAAUUAUAUGUUCACUGUUGCGUGCGUGGCUGGCACUCUGAGGAUGAGGAUUUGCUACAAUGCGCGCGCAAUGUGCAUGGCGGACCUUGUAAUACAAAGUUUGACCUGGAAGAUGCGUUUGCACACCUGUCCUCUGUUGCCAAGAGCACCAACAAGACCAGUCCUAUGAACAAGUGGACUCGAUUCUUCUACGCCUCAGCGUUACCAUCAUUGAAGCAGUCUGAGAAGUUUCAAUGGCCACAGGUCACCACUACCUUGGAAGAUCACUUGAUGUACCCCCGGAAUGUUCUGACUCGAGAAUCUGGCAAAGCAUUCCGAUCUACUUCACAUCCUCUUCCCGUUGGCAUCAGGAAGGCCAUUGUGAACAUGAAGCUAAGCCAUGUGAAGAAGGCUGGCACAGCGAGCAACCAACGGGCAAGCGCAGCCUCUGCGUGGCUGGCGAACCAUGUUCUCCAUCCGGCCUUGCUGCCAGACGCUUUGAGGGACGAGUAUACAGUGGCUUUUCUUCAAACAGCACCAGCAGAAUCAGUGGUGGUGGGUGGCAUCAAAAGCGGAGUUUUUUUGAACCGAAAUCAGCUGGAGAAGAUACAGAAGCACUUCAAAUGUCCCCUUCCAAAGAAAGGGGAAGGACACGGGAAAAAGGGAUCCCUUGUGAAAAGGGACUACGUUGAUUCUGUGCUCAACUACAUCUUCCCGGAGGCGAGUGAUUCCGAACGGAAGGCUAUGUUCGAUGGCCUGAUGGGAGGCAAUUGGACGCACUUGCGGCGGGACAAGACCAGCCAGCAUGGCCCCGAUAUUCUGAGGGCAUUCCAGCAUCUUGAUCCGGAAGAUCAGCAUGAGUUUGCCGGGCUUGCGCAGGUUGCAAUGGAUGAAGAGAUGUUGUGGAAGCAUCGCAACAGUCAGCCACAACGACCCAGUGGAUUGACGUAUGCUGGGAAGAGGCAUGAAACACCAAAGAGCCUGCAAGAUUUGUAUCCUGAUGCACCAAACUGCCGCAUCACCAGACACCCCGUCUUGAAGCGGUACCAAGGAUUCUACACAGUACCAGCAGGCACCGUCAUCAAAGAAGGUGAUGAGCCUGGUUCGACUGCCAGACAGUACUCCCACGCCACGUACUGGCACGGAAAGAAGAAGCGGAUGAGCGAGCGUGAAGCACUUGCCGAAGUUGUUCGUUGGAUGUGGCGAGUGCACUCUUCAGCAUGUCCAUCCUCAACCGAAGUGGAGUGCCCUAGUCAAUUUAGCUCAGCUGUGAUGUUUCAUUUCGACGAUAGUGAUGUCAUGAACUUUUCAGUGCCAGUGUACUGA